AACCCAGUCCAAAGCACUAUUAGACAACUAUUUAUGCGAAUCCUCGCGCUGGCCAGAGCUGCCUCGCACUGAGAACAUGAAGAGCAGUGCCACACCCCUUUUUCACUUGUGCCUUUCAGGUGAACGACAGCCACUGACCGACAAGAACAAAACAGUCACGGGAAACUUGAGCAAAUUCCUCCAUCCUGUGUAUCAAUCCGUGAAUCCGAACCGGGACGCGCAGACGGAACUGUGUCCUGGGGGAUGCGGCCUACAUUCAAGCUGCAAAAAAGUUUAUUCGGGUGUUUAUACCUGCGUUUGUGACCUCAUGUACGCACCGAAAGGCAGCAAUCCACGUUCAGAACGAGUUUGUCAACUGAGUGUUGCAACUAUCACCAUUACCGUGGUUUUCGGACUGCUCAUUGUGGCUCUCAUUUGUGCAAUGAUCUUCAUCAUUAUUCGAGGCUGUGAACGGAAGCGAUUGGAUUACGCUAAAAUGGCCCGUGAUGUUAACAAAGAACCGUAGACCUGCCAUUAUUUAAAACAGAUUAUUCAAAACCUAUUUGGUGUGGUCAUUUCAACAAUAUCCAGAGACUUUUCGCCACUCACCUUAGUUAUCCUGUCUUGCGUCAUUUACCAGCGUCAUUAUUAAGCCAAUGAAUGUGCUUCUUGUGCACUAUAUCACUGAUUUUUCUUGAAACACUUUUUUAUCCGACGGUUAGUCUACCGUAUUUUUCUAAUAAAAUUGGGAAUCACUCAGAUCUUUUUAUUGGUGUAUGGCUAGUAAAUUGUUC